UAGAAAUGUACAAGUCAUCAUUUUCUUAUAUUAUAUACAACAGAGAUAUGCAAUUCAUGAUAGAACACGGCAACAGAGUCAGGCAGAGUGGUGCAGGCAAGAGGAGAGAGCAGAGAGACAAUGAGGAGAGAAAGAAAUGAACGUGAACUAUGGUUACUAAAACAAAUCUCUACAAAGUUACAAUAAUAAUGAGAAACAGAAACCUGUUUCAUUAUAGGCAAGGUCAGAGUGCAAAAGUGCAGAGUGCAUUGCUAUGGAGGGCUGCAUGGUUACAGACACAAAGAUGGACAGACAGACAGAGAGAGAGAGCAGACGAGAGGGCUAGAGCUAGUGCUGAGUGGUUGACGAGGAAGCCUGUUCAGUGUCCAAUGAGGAGGAAGGUGAUGCGUACCUUGCUGGGUGAAGUCAAAGAGAGGAGGGAGAGAUCGUCCUGAUGGGAGGGUCUUCCCCGGCUCUCGCAGCUC